CCUACUGAUCUCCUCACUCUCAUUAAUGGAAGUGCUGGUUACAAUCUGAUCCCAGGUCAGUGCUCGCUGCGCGCCUCCAGCCGAUGACCACGUGGUUUUGUCCGGCCUGGCAGCGGAACAUGUGGAGCAGCAAGAUGGCAGCGCGGUGGAGGCGGAAAGAUGGGUGUUUAAAUGCCGGUAACAGCGACUUUCUGGCCGGCAAAAUCCACAAUGAGUUGGUCCUGAGUAGAGGUAAUGUUGAAGAUGUGGAGAGGGACACAGAAGCCUGUAUUGAUCACUCCAUCCUGGCCAUUUUUGAGGAUUCCACUGUUGCUUCAGAGAAUAAGAAUGUUGUGGAUGAAGAGAGUGAGACCCUGCUGUCCGCCUUGCCCGAGAUACUGGACAGUGUGGACAAUGAUGAUGAGACUCUGUCUCCCUUUGACACCCUUCCAGACACCAAACUCCUCAGCUGCUCAGAGCACCGGGACAACUCUGUGAUUAUGUCAUUUGUCGAUAAGCCAAGACCUAAAUCGGCAAAUGUAACCGUCACAAUACAGAGUGAUGGAGAAAAGGAAGACGAGGAGAGAACUGAGCUAAACCGCCUUUCACAGCUGGUCAAACAACAAAGUGAAACAUCAUUUCACUCUGAGAAUAAGAAAACAGAGAAUGAAGUUGAGGUCUUCACCUCAGCUUCUCUUGUCAACCUGGUGAAACUCAUGCACUCCUACUGUCUGAAGCUGCAUGUGGAGGAGGGGGAUAAACUAAUGAAAACCCCCAUGUUAUUCUCCCAGGGAGAGGUGUGGAAGUAUGAGAAGCCCAGUGAAGAGAACGAUGAAGAGAUAGAUGUUGUGUCUGAUAAGGAGGUGCCUGUUAGAGAGACCAAGCAGGAAGGACAGGGAGCUCCAAUGAGAGAUGACUGUAAACUCUUAAAGAGUGUGCUGCUGAAUAGGAGUGUAUCCAGGGUUCCACCAUUAAGGCAGAAGAAAAGGGUGAGCUUUGGCCCCAUUCAAGUGGCUUCAUUAGAUGAAUCAGUGGAAAAGAGACUGAACGAGAUAAAUCUUACGAGUGGGCACACAUGCGAGACUGUGUCAGUUCCACCAAACAGCUCAAAAGCACUUGAAAAUCCAUCUUGGCCAGCACUUGAAGCCCAAACAGCAUCCUCAGAAAUGAACUGUAACAAGUUUGAGGUGCUGCCGCCAAAAGCAGAGACAAAGGCCAAAUCACUCAGCCUCCAAGAGUAUAGACAGCUGCGCCAGAGGAAGCAGCCCCCGGUGGAGAAACCGGGGAACAGCACCACCAAGUGGCCCUCUGUUUCUGAGCCCCCCAAAGAGCUGCCCCCCAUCCUCUGUUUACAGGGUCAAAGACAAAACAGCUGCAGGCCAAAGGCAGCAUACAGUCAUCCAGGCUGUUCCAGAAUCAGUACUGAGCAUCUCUGUAAACCUGGUUACAAGACAUCAUCCCAUCAUACUUCACCACCACUCAGGCCUCACCCAUCAGAGGCAGUACCACCCACUUGUCUACGUCACAGCACAUUAAAACACCCGAAGACUGAGCGUAGAACCAUCUCACCCACUAGCCCCCUGCCAGACCUCAAGGCUGACUCAAGUGUUACUGUGCCUAGAAGCAACAAGAGUCCAAUGAAGAAACCAGCACUCGGUAGUGAUCCCCCAAAUCCUGUCCUCCUCCCCUUGCCAGUCAGCCAAACAGCAGCACCAUCCACUGAUUGCUCCAAGUCAGAGACCAGAGUGGGCUUCCUCAACAGAGACACCAUUCUUCAGAGCACCAGGCACUUGCAAGAAAUCCACGGUGAAUUCUCAAUUGCACCUCCACCUCAACAGCCAUCCUCCUCACAGCCAAAGCCCCAGGCGUUGUUACAGAACCAGGACAGCACCACCGUGCUUCAGGAAGUUAAAAACAGGUUUACUGACAUACCUACACACAUAUCUAGGUCUCAAGCACUGUGUCCCCCCACAGCACAAAUGGAAUCUACUUCAGAGUGCAAGAAACUACAGCCUCAAAAAUGCAGUCAGAUGCCAAAGGAAGAGACCAAGCUGGAACCAAAGACUUCUCAGACACUAUCUCCAAAUCCAGUGAGGCAUAUACAGUGCCCUUCUGCCACACCAUUUUCUGCUCCACCACCUUCUCCCAUAGACACUGUCAUACCAGAGAGGGGAACAUUGCCAGAUGUUCCUUCGAAGAUUUCUCCCCCUGUGGAACCACCAGCUACUCUUCAGCUUGGCAGUAGAGUCCAGAAUGCAGCAGGAGAGUCAGGAAUUGAAGCCCCUGAUCUGACCAGCCUACUGGAACAGUUUGAGGAAACGCAAGCUAAAGAAGAGCGAGUAUGUGAGAACGAGCUGGAGCCCAGACUUAUUAGUGCUGCUCCACCUUCAGACUUGCUGACACAAAAAGACUUGGGCCUGCACAGAACUCAGGAAGCAGGAACGGAAAAGACCCCCAGAUUAACACUGACCCCAUCUGUGGAAGCACUUGAACCUCUGAGUGUUUCGGAAACACCUGAGACUCCAAAACCCCUCAGGAAUCUGACAGAUGUCAAGGUGCUGGAACUUAUGGACGUCCCUGAGCCCCUCGGCACUGAAGUCAUCCUCAGCACUCAUCAGCGACGCAAAAAUCCUCUGUCCAAGGCCGUUCAAAUCAUUGAACCUCGACCUUUGCCAUCCAAAAGGACUCUCGCCAGCCCCUCAGAUCUCCUUGCUGCACAUAUCCCUUCUCACGUGCAUUCAUCUGUAUCCUCGGAUCAUGAUUACUGUGGGCCUGUGGAUCAUUCCCUUACAAGUGCUACUCAGCGUAGCAGAACUAAGGCCUCUUUAUCCAACGAUAUUUAUAAAAACACUAGUGAAUUGCAGGUGACCACACAGGAUGCAAGUGCUGCUGCUGAAUGCAAAAAAACACUGGCCUCAACUGGGCAAGCAGAGUCUCUGUUGCAGCAUCACUCUGAGAAAACUAGGGCCAGAUCAGAGACAGAACCAUCCCCAGACAACUGUCUGCAGCCUUCAGACAGCACUGCCACAGGAGACGGUGGUGCAAGUGAAGACAAAACGGGCCCAUGCACCCUCCCUACGCCUCCACCCAGCCCUCCUAGCAGAGGGAGAGAGAAGAGGAGAUAUCGGAGAAGGUCUCCUCGGUCAGAUUCCAGCUGCAGCUCUCAGUCCUCCUCGUCAUCGUGUUCCUCCCUCAGUUCUACAUCUCGCUCUCCAAAAAGACAAAAGAUUUAUCACAAGCGUUCAGAGAGCAGUUCAUGUUCCCCAUGCUCCUCACGCUCAAUGUCCUGCUCCCCACCUCGGCACUACAGGUUGUCUUACUCAAGGUGUAGCAGAUCAAGGUCCAGAUCUUGGUCCUCCUCUAGGUCCCGAUCACCAUCUCCGCGGAUUUGCCGAAGGCGGUGGAGAGAUGUUUACAGCAGCAGAAAGUCCAGGAGGGAACAUGAGAUCAGGACUCAGAAACUUAAAGCCAUAAAUGAACGCAGGGUGGUGUACGUUGGUCGCAUCCGCAGGUCAAUGACACACAGUGAACUGAGAGAGCGUUUCUCCCAGUUCGGAGAGGUUGAGUGUGUGUCGCUUCACUUCAGAGAUAGAGGCGACCACUACGGCUUUGUCACAUUCUACAAUAUGGAGGAUGCUUUUGCAGCCAUCGAUAACGGCGGCAAAUUACGAAAGCCUGACGAGCUACCAUUUGACAUCUGCUUCGGUGGAAGGAGACAGUUCUGCAACUCGAACUACUCUGAUCUAGAUGCAAACAGAGAUCCAAACCUGUCUCCUGCCAAGAGCAGGUUUGAGGACCUUGACUUCGAUGUGCUGCUGAAACAGGCCCAGAGAGGAGUGAAGAGGUAGCACCGAGCUGGAGGUGGCACAAAUGAGAAGAAAGUUGUUUGUUUUUGUUUUGGUUUUUAAUGAACCUCAGAGCAUAAUGCAUGUAGCAAACUUUGGUGUUAAUUUUAUUUUAUGUUUGAAUCACAUAUAUAUUUUGUGAUGUUUGCAGGUAAUAUGAACAUAUGUAGCUCUUAAUUUGAAAAUAUGAGGUGAGACCCACUAAAUAUUUUUGUUGCAUUACAUAA